UUUUAAAAAGGGAAGGGGCAUAGGAAAGAGAUAGCUAAAUCCGCAGCCCUGUGUGAAGGAAGAGAAGGCAGCGAGGAAGUGUGUGCGUGCUUCUGAACCCUGAGUGGCUCUCGGCUCCUGUAACCUUCGCCUCCCACUGGGUGGAGUAGGGCUUUUAAGAGCAGCUGGAAUGCAAUUCCCCUGAUCAGCUUAGCCAGUUGUUGCCUGUCUGAACCUCUGCCAGCCCUGGAGAGCUGUGCUUUGAGCUCAAAUCAGAGGGCCUCCUUCUGCACCCUCACUGCCGCCCGUGUCGCCUGAGCAAGAAGCCCCCAGCGGGAAAGCAAGUUACCCUCCUGCCUAGCCAUGGGAGAGGACGCAGCACAAGCCGAAAAGUCCCAGCACCCGGGUUCUGACAUGCGACAGGAGAAGCCAGCAAGCCCCAGCCCCAUGCCCUCCUCCACGCCGAGCCCCAGCCUGAAUUUAGGGAGUACAGAAGAAGCCAUCCGUGACAACUCGCAGGUGAACGCGGUCACGGUGCUCACGCUCCUGGACAAGCUGGUGAACAUGCUGGACACCGUGCAAGACAACCAGCACAAGAUGGAGCAGCGGCAGAUCAGCCUGGAGGACUCGGUGAAGGGCAUCCAGAACGACCUGACUAAGCUCUCCAAGUACCAGGCCUCCACCAGCAACACAGUAAGCAAGCUGCUGGAGAAGUCCCGCAAGGUCAGCGCCCACACGCGCGCCGUCAAGGAGCGCAUGGACCGGCAGUGCGCGCAGGUGAAGCGCCUGGAGAACAACCACGCCCAGCUCCUGCGGCGCAACCACUUCAAAGUGCUCAUCUUCCAGGAAGAAAAUGAGAUCCCCGCCAGUGUGUUUGUGAAAGAGCCCGUCGCCAGCACGGCGGAAGGCCAGGAGGAGCCUGCCGAUGAAAACAAGUCCCUGGAGGAAACCUUGCACACGGUGGACCUCUCCUCCGAGGACGAAUUGCCCCACGACCAGGAGGCCCUGGAAGACAGCGCCGACGAAAAGAUGGAAGAAAGCAGGGCAGAGAAAAUAAAAAGAUCCAGCCUCAGGAAAGUAGACAGCCUCAAGAAAGCAUUUUCUCGCCAGAACAUCGAGAAAAAAAUGAACAAGCUGGGGACAAAGAUCGUGUCUGUGGAGAGGAGAGAGAAGAUUAAGAAAUCCCUCACCUCCAACCACCAGAAAACGUCCUCCGGGAAAAGCUCCCCCUUCAAGGUCUCGCCCCUGUCCUUCGGGCGAAAGAAAGUCCGAGAGGGAGAGAGCCCUGCGGAGAAUGAGACCAAGUCGGAAGAGGCGCCCAGCGCCGAUCAGACGGCCAACGACCACGAGGAGAGCUUCGCCGAGGCUCUCUCCGAGGCAUCCCUCCCCAGCCCGCUGCUCGAAGGGGAGCACGCAGAAGGGGAUGCGGAGAAGGCGGCCCUGGGAGGGAGCAAUUCGGGGAUGAACAGCAACGUCGACUUGACGAUUCUGGAAGAUGAAGAGGAGGAGUCCGUGGCCCUGGAACAGGCGCAGAAGGCGCACUACGAGGGUAGCUACAUGCGAAUCUCCGAGGACCCCGAGCGCUCAGAGCAGGAGCCCGUGCAGCCUGCUGUGCUGCAGGUGGACCAGACCGCCUGAAGGCCCAGCCCCUGGUGCCCAGCCCCGGCUCGUGGUCACGGGGGCGGCCAGAGCCUAGACCCACGCCCCUCCACACUUCCAGCGCAGCUCGCUCACCACCGUGUUACCCUGCAGGCGGCAGCUCACCACGAAGUAGCCACAUGCACAUCCCAUGAAAACAGUCUGUCCCGGGCUCCCCUUCUCAUCCGCUCGUAGGUUCUUCUUCUGUAGAUUCUCUCCAAGAUUCCUGGAAGCAGUGAAGCAUUUGGAAAACACUGACCCCAUUUGGCUUUGUCAGAAAAACGAGAGGCUAGUUAAGAUAGCAGUCGUGCAGCGUGACUCAUAGUUUGGUCACUCAAUCAGCAUGCUGAAUAGUAUACCAGUAAUAUUUUGAACGUCUACCGUGCUCUAUGAAUCCAGCUUUUAUUCUUUAAGUGUGUGAUAUAUGACAUACAUAAAUA